CGGGGCAUUACAAGCCGCAGACAGUAGACGGCAGACAGUGGAUUCCAUUCCCCUCAACGAAAUUCAAGUUUAAGCCCGGCUCAAGCCACUCGAGCACUCAGUUCAAAGCGAAAUCGCGACGCGACAACAACGGACAAUCGGCAGCUCAGACUAGCAAAAUAAAAUAAAAUAUAAUAAAAACGCAGAGCAUCUAGGAAAGGUGCGCAGAAUGUUCGUCUUACUUGGAGUACUCUGUCUGCUGCAGGCAGUUAGCUUGGUGCCAGCACAGCUGAUUACACUGCGCGACGGUAAGGUGGGCGUGAAUUUCGCAGGAUAUCACGCGGAUGCGGGACUCGGAGGACUCCUGACGGGUAACUCCGCCCACGGCGGACUCAGCGCCUCGGCCGGAACUCCAUGGGGUUCCCGGGCAGCCGCCGGACUGGGUGGCAAUCUGGAUGGACGAGCCACCGGCGUGGGCUAUGCUGCCGCACAGGCUAAUCCUUCGGUGGGAGCAAGUGCCCUCCUGGGCGGCAGUGCUGGCGAACACGGUUACAUCGGGGCCGAGGCCCACAGUCCUGGUAGGAAGGUUAUUUCCUCAUCUCAGCAUGGAACUCAGUCGGCAUAUCCUGAAAAUCCUGUUCCCGCUUCGCCCACUUCAAGUCCUGGAUCUGCGGUGCCAACUGUCAGCAGCCAUAUUCAAAGGGUCAAGCCUCCCAAGAAGUACUCGCUGAUUAAACAAGAUCCGGACCGCAGCGAAAUCAUUGAAAAUCAUGUUAAAGCGGCCGCAGAUGCCGAUGUGGUGGAUAAACACCCUCCCCGCCCCCCGCUCCCGGCUGCCCCGCCCACUUCGUUGAUAAUUGUCAAGCGGCCGCGCCCACACGCAAAGCGUCAACGGCAACGGCAACGUGUCGUAUACGUGAUGCAGCAACAGCAGCAGGAGCCGCAGCAACAAUUUCAGGACCAGGAAGCACAAAAGGACGAGCCGCAGUCGUCCGUUGAGGUGCCGGUGAAGAGCGAGGCCAAGGCCGUUCAGGCCCACAAGUACAAAUCCGUCCAGCGAACUCAGGUCGUGAACAAUCACUUUGUGGCUCCUCAGGCCCAAGGACCCGUGGGCCUGGCCCUCGAUAUUCCAAUUGGCAUCCUGCGAUCAUUGCAGCAAUCUCUAGGCGCUUUGACCGGCGGACCAACUCAACGUCCAGCAGCAGCCCAAGUCCACGUUUUCUAAGCUCAAAAUAUAACUGUAGAUAUAAAGUCGGUACUUGUAAGAACGCCUUAAUGCAUAAAACAAACAUUUGAAAUUAAAUAAGCGUUUACGCAAAAAGCCAAA